CCCCAAACAAAGCCUACCAACCUUCAAAAGCCCAAAAAAAAAGAAAGUAAAACACACACACCGUUUCCUUUCACGCAACUUUCAUUUCUCUCUCUUUCCAAAUUUAUCAUCAAUUUUUUCUUCUCUGAUCAUCCAUUUCUCAUCCUGUUGAAUUCUUCGUCGUCUGAUUGUGUGUAUAUAUUAAGGAGUAAUUUGAAUUUGAUAAUAUUUUUAUGUGAUUAUAAUUCUAUAAUUAGAAAGUGAGGAAAAACAAGUUUGUUUUAAGAAAAAGUGAUUGAAAGUAUGGCGUCGAUGUCAGAAAUGAAGGAACCAUCGCCGGAUAAUAUGGCGGUUACCGGCGUUGCGAUAACUUUUCCGAUUAAUGAUUUUCCGUCUUCUCCGACUUCUUCUCCGUCUAAACUUCCUCGGAGACUUCGUCGCCGACUUUCAGAGUGUCGAAAUACUCCGACUGCUGAAGAAAUCGACGCUAAGCUUAAAGAGGCCGAUCUUCGCCGUCAGCAAUUUCAUGAAUUUUUAUCGAGCAAAGCAAGGCCAAAGCAGAGGAGUCCAUCAUGGUCACCUUCGCAAGAAUUGGAUCUUGGUCAGAGACUUGAAGCUAAGCUUAAUGCAGCCGAGCAAAAAAGGUUGAGCAUUCUGUCAAAGGCUCAAACGCGCUUGGCCAGGUUGGAUGAGUUGCGACAAGCAGCUAAAAGUGAGGUAAAAAUGCGCGCUGAGAAAGAACGUGGUGAAUUGGGUGUGAAAGUGGAAUCACGGGUUCAGCAAGCAGAGGCCAACAGAAUGCUUAUCCUGAAAUCCCGUAGGCAACGGAAAGCUGCAAGAAAAGAGCGGACAGCUCAAUCGCUUACGCGUAGGAUGAUACAGGAAAGUAAAUAUAAAGAGUGUGUACGUGCAGCUAUUCACCAUAAACGUGCUGCCGCAGAGAGGAAAAGACAAGGAUUACUGGAAAAGACAAGUUCAAAGGCACAUGCAAGGUUGGUGCGAGUGCAAAGAGCGGCUAAUUAUGUUUACAGUCAGCGGGAAAUGGAGAGAAUAAAGAAAAGGCAGGAGCUGGAUGAUCGGUUGCAAAGGGCCAGAAGACAACGAGCAGAACUUUUGAGGCAGAGAAAGAGUUUAACUGGUUCUCCUCACGUCAAUUGUAGUGUCACGCAUGACAAGGCUCUGAAUCUUGCAAGAAGAUUAUCAAGAUGCUGGAGACGGUUUGUGAAGUUCAGAGGAACUACUCUUUCUUUAGCAAAAGAUUUUGCGCGUUUGAAUAUCAAUGAGAAAUCAGUCAAGUCGAUGCCUUUCGAGCAGCUUGCAGUGCAGAUUGAGUCAGAUGCAAGUUUGAAGGUUGUGAAAUCUUUGGUUGAUCGGCUUGAAGUCCGUCUCAGGGGCCGACAGGGAAUCAGUGGUUCCUCUGGGCUAGAAAAUAUUGAUCAUCUGCUGAAGCGUGUCGCUAGUCCAAUACGCAGGCGCAAUGGAAGCCAUGCAUCCAGGACUAGAGGGCAAAAGAGGGCUGUGUCUGGGGGAGAGGGAACUAAGAGCCCCCGUAAAUUGUCAAGAUAUGCUGUGAGAAUUGUUCUCUGUGCCUAUAUGAUAUUGGGACACCCAGAUGCUGUCCUCAGUGGUAAAGGUGGACAUGAGACAGCCCUUGCCGAGACUGCUGUGAAGUUUAUACAGGAGUUUGAGUUAUUGAUCAGGAUAAUAUUAGAAGGUUGCUGUUUGAAAUCAACAUCAGGAAAUAAUCGUACAACUUUCAGAUCACAGCUAGAGACAUUUGAUAAAGCAUGGUGCUCGUAUUUAUAUUCCUUUGUGGUAUGGAAGGUCAAGGAUGCUAGACUACUGGAGGAUGAUUUGGUGAGGGCUGCUUGCCAGAUGGAGCUCUCUAUGAUGCAUACUUGUAAAUUAACACCCGAGGGAGACAAUAGUGGUCUUACCCAUGACAUGAAGGCUAUUCAGAAGCAGGUGAUGGAAGAUCAGAUACUUCUUAAGGCAAAAGUGCAGGAUCUGAGUGGCGAUGCUGGCAUCAUACGCAUGGAGAAUGCUAUUUCUGAUACGCGAACAAAAUUCUUUGAGUCGAAGGAGUCUAGAAGUCCAUUUACACCCCCAGUUGCUCAUAUUUCAUCUCCCGGUUAUUCUAGUUCAUCUGACAGCUCUCCAUCUUCAGUCUCUGGCGAAGCAAACAGCAGUUCUGGGGGCAGAGAAAGACCAAGCAUUGUGGCACGGGCUUUGUUCAAGGAAGAUGAUACAACUGCAAGCCAAGCAGUGCUUUCAUCUUUACAAGAAGCACAUGGUGCAGAUGUACAACUAAGUAGUAACAAAAUGCCAAUCACAGAGAAUGAACUCUUGGUAAAUGAGAUAGUCCAUGAACAUUGUCAUGGUUUCGCCGACAAGCUCUACAUGGAUGAUGAAGCUGACAACGGUUUUAAGGUGAAAAUUAAAGAGACAAUGGAGAAAGCCUUUUGGGAUGGUAUCAUGGAAUCUAUGAACCAGGAGCAACCUGACUUCAGUUGGGUUCUUAAACUUAUGACAGAAGUUAGGGAUGAACUGUGCGAGAUGUCUCCCGGUCGCUGGCGACAUGAGAUUAUUGAUACGAUUGAUAUAGAUAUUCUGUCACAGGUUUUAGCAGGUGGAACAUUGGACAUGAAUUACCUGGGAAAAUUACUGGAAUAUGCACUGACCACUUUGCAAAAGCUGUCAGCCCCAGUAAAUGAUGAUGAGAUGAAGGCUGCUCACCUAAACAUGUUGAAAGAACUGAGUGAGGUCUCGCAUUCUGGAGAUAAUACGAGAUCUUCAUAUGCCAUAGCAGUUAUCAAGGGUCUUCGUUUUGUCUUAAAUGAGAUACAGAAACUGAAGAGAGAGAUAAGCAGAGCACGUAUCAGAAUGAUUGAGCCAAUGAUACAAGGGCCUGCUGGAUUGGACUAUUUACAAAAAGCUUUUUCAAAUCGAUAUGGACCACCUUCCGAUGCCUCUUCUUGUUUACCAUUGACAAAGAGUUGGCUAGCUUUGUCAAACACUAAUGUGGAGCGGGAGUGGGAUGAAUACCUGGAUUCACUGUCAACAUUGCCAGACACCCAGGCGACAUCUUCCCAGGGGAUGCCACAAACUACUCUUCGUACGGGAGGAAGUGUUUCAGUGAUGUCGAGGACACGCUCAUUGGGACCCACAACAACUGGUAAAGAGCAGCCAGAAUGCAGAGGAGAAAGGACAGAUUUGUUUCUCAGGGUAGGUCUGUUGAAGUUGGUGAGUGAGAUUGAAGGGCUGGUACAAGAGGCUGUGCCUGAAACUCUGAAACUGAACACAUCUAGAUUAAGAGAAAUUCAGUCUCAAUUGCAGAAGAUCAUUGUUAUUUCCACAAGUAUGCUGGUUCUCCGGCAAGCUCUUCUUAGUGAACACUUGGUAACAAACCCGUCAGACAUGGAAAUUGUGAUCUCUAAAUCUGCCAAACAGCUUUCAGAGGUACUCAAUAAGGUUGAAGACGUUGGUAUUCCCGACAUUGUCGAAGCGAUUAUUGGACUCUCAGAUGAUGUUAACCAUGUUAUCAACUUAGAAAAGCUGCGAGCAAGGACGGGGAUGGUGGAAAACAUGCUCUCAAAGAGCUUGAAAUCCGGGGACGCGAUAUUUACGCAUGUUUCCCGAGCUGUUUACUUGGCUGUAAGAGCCGCCGUGCUUGGCGGCACCGGAAGCAAGGGUAAGCAACUAGUGGAGAUGGCUCUUCGGCGUGUUGGAGCGGCUUUUCUUUGUGAAAAGGUAGUGGUAGUUGCUGAGUUUCUUAUUGUUGUGGCAAAUGUGUCUGCCAAUGUACAUGGACCAUGGUAUGAGCAACUGCUGAAGAAUUUGUAAUUUGUUGUUCGUUGGGGAUUGCUUUUUAAACACAUUCCCAAAAUUGAUUGUACAUAAUGUAAAUGUUGUAUUGACCUAAAUGGUAUUAUGUGUAGUAACUAGUAAGGCAGUAGUAGUUUAGUUAAUUUAUCAAUGGACUGAUGCUCUGUAAAUUGUAUUGUAAAUAACUUAUGGUAUUUGGGAGUGUAAAUAAAUUAUGUUCCUGUUGUUCCCGUUA